GAUUGCUUCAUCUGUAUAAAAAUGAGCGCCAAAGUAUCUCUUGCUUUCUUUGCAUUGCAACACAGCAAUACGACCACACUGGGAAAUGGCCACUGCAGGGAAGGUGAUUAAAUGUCGGGCUGCUGUUGCCUGGGAGCCCAAUGCUCCCCUGGUGAUGGAAGAAAUUGAAGUGGCGCCACCUCAGGAAGGAGAAAUCCGAAUUAAGGUUGUGGUGACAGGCGUGUGCCACACCGACUUGUACCACCUGUUUGAAGGGCAGCAGAAGCGAGGCUUCCCCUCUGUGCUGGGUCAUGAGGGGGCUGGGGUGGUGGAGAGUGUGGGACCUGGAGUCACUGGUUUCAAACCAGGUGAUAAGGUGAUUCCACUCUUCCUCUCUCAGUGUGGAGAGUGCAGGUUCUGUAAGUGUCCAAAAACGAACCUGUGUGACCGCAGCUGGUCAAGCAAGUAUUAUGAUGUGAUGUCUGAUCCCACCUCACGUUUUACUUGCCGUGGUCGGUCCAUCUUGCAGUUCAUGGGCACAAGUACCUUCUCUGAGUACACUGUCAUAAAUCAGAUAGCAGUGGCAAAGAUUCAGGAUGAUGCCCCACUCGACCGCGUGUGUCUGCUUGGCUGUGGCAUUGCUACUGGCUAUGGAGCUGCCAUCAACACAGCAGGGGUUACUCCAGGCUCAGUUUGUGCAGUUUUUGGACUGGGUGCUGUAGGUCUCGCUGCAGUCAUGGGUUGUAAAAAUGCAGGAGCAUCUCGGAUCUUUGCUGUGGAUAUCAAUGAACAGAAGUUUGAGAAGGCAAAGGUUUUCGGUGCCACUGAUUUUGUGAAUCCAAAAUCACACAAUAAACCCAUCAGUGAGGUACUGGGAGAAAUGACCAAUGGAGGAGUGGACUUCUCAUUUGAGUGUGUGGGCAACACAGCAGUAAUGAGGAGUGCACUAGAGUCAUGUGUUAAAGGUUGGGGUGUGAGUGUUUUAGUUGGAUGGACCGAUGUGACGGACUUUUCUGCGCGGCCGAUUCAGCUCAUAUCUGGAAAAACCUGGAAGGGAUCUCUGUUUGGAGGAUUUAAGAGCAAGGAGAGUGUUCCAGGGUUGGUGCAGGACUACAUGUCUGGCAAAAUAAAGCUUGAUGAGUUUAUUACCCACAACAUGAGUCUGGAGCAGGUCAAUGAUGCCAUCAAUCUCAUGAAGACUGGAAAGUGCAUUCGAACCAUCCUGAAUAUUUCCAAAUGAGAAGCAAAUCAUCCAAUCUCAAUCAGGUUCUAAGCCAGUUAUAGCCUAAACUGUUUAAUUAACAUUCCACGUUGCCUGAAAUUAUAAUAUAUAUAUAUAUAUAUAUAUAUAUUUUUUUUUCUUAUACAAUAUUCAAAUAUUUUGACCUGUUUUGUUUAAUAUUCAUUUUCUAUGAGGUUUGCAAUUUUUGCAAAAAAAAAAAAAAAGGUAAAAUACUUUGAGAUAUGUCUAAUUACAGUGUAGAAACCUGAAUUGUGUGGGUUUGUUAUUUUCUAACAAUACACAUUAAAUAUGCAUACAAAUAUUGACAAUUAAAAACAAUUAAAAUGUAUACAAUAAAUAAAAAAUAAAAAUCAUAUGCCAGAAUGGGUAACAUGAUUGCAAAUUUAGUCAAAAUUAAGCUCACUCAGGGUUUGGGACCAAAUGUUGAUUUGUAGUUAUUGAUAAACUUACAUUUCCCAAAAAUUCAAGUGAAAUAUUUGUUUGUCCGUUGUAUUUCUUAAAAUAUCUUUCAAGAAAAUAAAAAAAAAUAAAAAAAAUAAAAACGGUUGAAUAAUUGAGCUUGAUGAAUGCAGUCAACACUACAAUUUGUGCAAAGUUAUGAUGUUGUAUGAUUUAAUUUGUUAGAUACAGUAGAGAAGGUCAAGACCCCUGAGGUGAGGCAGGCCAAAAUCACCACUUAAGGUGAGGUUUAAAAUGCUAGGGUAAUUUUAUGUUAGGUAAUAAUUUAUCAAACAUAUCUAAUGGUUCUCAAAAUAAUAAUAAUAAUAAUAAUAAUAAUAAUAAUAAUAUUGUCUCUUUACCAUAUUUCUGUAACAGCUGAAUGCAUUCAAGGAUCUGUUUUAAUAGCAUACUCUAGCCCACUGCUUCAUGAAGUGCUUUCACCUGCCUUUUUCAACAACUACCAAUUUGUGCUAACCCAGCAAAAUGUAUAUAAAUCCAUUAUACAUGGUUAUGGAAGAAUGCAUGUAAACAUUUGUAUUACACGAAAAUAUUGCUUAAUUCAUCUGCAACACAACAUCCUUCUGAAAACUUUUUCCAAGAAAAUGUUAUCUAAUCUGUGGCAAAUAAAAAAGAGACAAGCAUGCAAA